AGGGCCAGCAGCCCGCAGGAGAUGUUCGUCAAGUGCCACUUCGACUACGACCCGGGCCGCGACAGCCUGAUCCCCUGCCGCGAGGUGGGCCUCAAGUUCUCCCGGGGGGAGAUCCUGCAGAUCGUCAACACCGAGGACCCCAGCUGGUGGCAGGCCAACCGCGCCGAGGAGGGCGGCAGCGCCGGCCUGGUCCCCAGCCAGACGCUGGAGGAGAAGCGCAAGGCCUUCGUGCGCAGGGCCAGGAGCAGCCCGGAGCCCCUGUGCGGGCCGGCCGGCGGCAAGAAGAAGAGGAAGAUCAUGUACCUCACCCACCGCAGCGCCGAGUUCGACCGCCACGAGAUCCAGAUCUACGAGGAGGUUCUCCGGGCGCCCCCCUUCCAGCGGCGGAUCCUGGUGCUGAUCGGGGCCCAGGGCGUGGGCCGCAGGACCCUCAAGAACAUCCUCAUCGUCCUGAACCCCACCCUGUUCGGCACCACGGUGCCCUUCACCUCGCGCAAGCCCCGCAAAGGGGAGGACGACCAGGUGUACCGCUUCGUGACCCGGGCCGAGAUGGAGGCGGACAUCAAGGCCGGGCGAUACCUGGAGUACGGGGAGUACCAGGGCAACCUCUACGGCACCAAGACCGAGUCCAUCUUCGAGGUGACCCAGACGGGCAAGACGUGCAUCCUGGACGUGAACCCGCGCGCCCUGAAGCUCCUGAGGACGGCCGAGUUCAUGCCCUACGUGGUGUUCAUCGCCGCUCCCAGGCUGGACAUCCUGCGCACCAUGCACGAGGCCACGGUGAAUUCGGGCAUCACCACCAAGCUGCCCACGCAGGCCAUGCUGCAGAGAACCGUGAGCGAAAGCGGCCACAUCCAGAGGGCCUACAGCCACUACUUCGACCUGACCAUCGUCAACGACGACCUGGACAAGGCCUUUGAGAAGCUGCUGGCCGCCUUCGAGAGGCUGAGGACGGAGCCCCAGUGGAUCCCCGUCAGCUGGCUGUACUAA